AUGGCUUCGGAUAUUCACUGGGGUACAUUGAUCAAUUCAGAUAAAAGCCCAGCCCCACUACUAGAACAGCUAUGUCUAGGGAUCGCCCAGUUGAUGUCCUCCUUCGAUUCCAACGGUACCACUGAUAUAACUCCUGAGAGACUUGCUACUUUUUAUCGCAAAGUCGGUGGAAACUACGACCCUUUAUUCCUGGAGACCAAGGCACAAGCCUUGUCAUUCAUCUACCAGUCACUAGGAUGUUUCCACAGCCUCCAACCCUCAGCCAACCCUUACGAACCUCCAUCCGUUCCAUCGUUACUUCCAAAUGGCUUUGUGCGGUGGCAGACAAUACAACUGUUGAUGGACCCAGAUGAACACUCGGUAUAUUUACAGAAUGCGGUCAACCUCUGGGAUAUUGCGGGCGCGAAUGGCGAGCCCUUUCCAAAGACGAUUCCUCGGGACGCGUUCCCUUCCGAGCCCGACCCAGAGAUGCUAGAAUGGCAUGAAGGAACUUUGGGAGUUAUCAUUACCAUUUUAGUGGUAAGGAUCCUCUACCCGAUGAAGAUGAUUACUUCUCCCGUCCACGCCGGACGGCGCCAAAGCGUCACAGUCAUGCGGAGACAGAUCGACGUAGGGAGCCUCGCCAUCACCGCCGAUACCAUAGCGGAGAAUUUCCCGCCUAUGCUACACGCAAGCCUAUACCAAAUCGACCGGGAUUCUCAACUCCCAGAGUUUCAUCCCCUCCCCCAUGGGGAGAGCGAGAGCGGGAGCGAGAGCACCGGCCAAGUGGACGAGACCAAGCUGUUCCAGAUGUCUCUGAUGUGUCUUCAGAUGAGUCGGCCCGUCACCGCAAGGACCGUGCGAAAUCAAAUAGACAAGAGCGGCGCCAUCUAUCACCACCUUCAAGCGGUAACGCCAGACGUCAUUCCCACGAAGCCUACACGCGCAGACCGUUCCGAGAUCUGUCGCCCACAAGUCCUACUCGACAGCGCCGCGAGCAUGAAAGCCACUCUUCACGAUUUAGCAAAUCUGAGCCUUCGCCAAAGAUUCGUCCGAGAGAACAUAUAA